AGAGCAACCGGAGUCGGACCUGGGCAGUGCAGCCGAGGUGGCCUGUCCCCCUUGUCGUCGACCGUCUCUGUUUCCUCAUUACACCUGGACGGGGCGACUCGGAGCUCCCGGGCGUCCUUCGUGUGGCCGCGAGGGACCUGGUGAACGGAGGUAAUUGACCAAACAGCACUGACAUGUCACACUAGGAGGAACCAAACCUGACUGGAUAGCUUUGGCCUUCAACGUGACAAGUAACUGAUGGGAGAGCUCUUCACGCAGCAGCAAAAGGAGGCUGUUCCCAUGACUGGGCUGGACGAAGGCUGCUAGUUGCCCUGGAAUCACUCACACAGGGGCCCUCCCAGCAUCUCCAGGGCCUCGAGGAGCGGGGGUCGCUGCAGAGCUGGCACUGGCCUAACCGGGAGCUGAGGCUUCGAAGAGGCUAGAACCGAGGAUGUUUCCGCACGUGUGGCCGAGGCGACGCUGCUCUUCACCGAGAAAGGGAGGAGGAAAGGGAAGGAAGAGGGAGGAGAAGGGACAGGCCGAGUUUGAAAAUGCGGUGGAGCCAGAACAGCCGCCCCUCCCCAAGGGGCCCACACCCUGAACCCGGGAGCCUGUGCGGGCUGCUUUACCGGGCAAAGGGCUCAGGCCGCUCAGCAGCAGCCGGGCCGGCGGGCGGGGCGGAGCCGGGCCGGCGGGGCGGGGCCCCGGGGCCUCCGCUGGGGCCUUAAAGGGAAAGAGGGCGGGCCCGCCCCGCGCGGGGCGGGGCUGUGGGAGGCGGCCCAGGGAGGGACGGCGAGGCCGGCUGCAAAGACGGAGGAAGAAGCCGCGAGCCAAGGAACGCGGGAGCUUCGAGAAGCUGGAGAGGGCGAGAACACCCGUUCUCCUCAAGCGCCUCCGGAAAGGAUUGCAGCCCAGUGAGACUCGGGUUGGACCUCUACGCUACAGGACGCCCACCAUGCCCCCCAAAUCUGACGUGUUGAGUCAAGAUGAACUUCGCAAAAAGCUGUACCAGACAUUUAAGGAUCGGGGUAUACUGGACACACUCAAGACACAACUCAGAAACCACCUCAUUCACGAGCUGAUGCACCCUGUGUUGAGUGGCCAGCUGCAGCCCCCGUCCAUCGCAGUGGAAGGGAGCGCCCUCUUAAUAGGCGCUUCCAACUCUCUUGUAGCAGAUCACCUCCAGAGAUGUGGCUAUGAGUAUUCACUUUCUGUCUUCUUUCCGGAAAGUGGUUUGGCUCAAGAGAAGGUAUUUACUAUGCAGGAUCUAUUACAGCUCAUUAAAAUCAACCCAGAAUCCAGUCUCUACAAAUCACUGAUUUCAGGAUUUGAUAAAGGAAACCAAAAAGGUUUUCUUAUGCAGUUCCUAAAAGAGAUGGCAGAGUAUCAUCAGACUAAGGCGAGUUGCAACACGGAAACUCAGACAGAUUCAGCACUUCCCAUCAAAGACUCUCUCGCUGAGAAGCUGCAGCUUAUUGAUGAUGAGUUUGCAGGUGCUCACCCUCAGCACCCAAAGUUAGAAUCUUUAGAAGUCAAGUUAAAUGAAUAUAAGAGAGAACUAGAACAGCAGCUCCGGGCAGAAAUGUGUGAAAAGUUGAAACAUUUUAAAGAAACUGAAAUAGCAAAAAUUAAAAUGGAAGAGAAAAGAAAAUGUGAGAAGGAAUUGACUGAUUUCCGGAAUGAACUUGAGAGAACCUGUCAAGCAAAAUCUGAAGCCCUCAUUUCUCGGGAAAAGAUGACCCUUGAGAGAAUUCAGAAGCAUCAGGAGAAUGAAACGAAAGAAAUUUAUGCUCAAAGACAGCUACUGCUAAAAGAUAUAGAUUUGCUGAGAGGCAGAGAAGCAGAGCUGAAGCAAAGAAUUGAAGCUUUUGAAUUGGCCCAAAGGCUACAAGAAGAGAAAAAUAAAAGUGUGAUCGAUGGGCUUAGGAGGCGGGAGCUGAACAUCCAGAGUAUGGAGGAGACCUAUGAUCAAAAGCUCAAGAACGAACUGCUAAAGUAUCAGCUGGAACUGAAGGAGGACUACAUCACUAGAACUAACAGGCUGAUUGAAGAUGAAAGGAGGAAUAAAGAAAAAGCUAUCCAUCUGCAAGAGGAGCUCACAGCCUUUAAUUUUAAAAAGGAAGAAUUCGAUCGUUCUAUAAAUCGUGUGAAAGAGCUUGAGCUCGAGUUAGAGUCCGUCAAAGCCCAGUGUUCGGCACUAACAAAGCAAAACCACAUACUGAGCGACAAGGUUGAAGAGAUGGGUGACUAUUCACGACUAAAAGAAGGGAAACUGGAGCUGCAGACGCAGAAUAAACUGCUUAAACAACAAGUGGAAGAGAUGAAAAAUGAAAACUUGCGUCUCCUCAGCCGCAUAACUGAGCCAUCUCCUGAGCUGGUGAUUUUCCAGAAAGAAUUAAAGAAAGCAGAAAAUGCUAUCGUGCUUGAGCAUAAGGAGUUUGAAACCCACAAGCAAGCUCUUCAAAAACAGCUGCAAAGCGAAAUUGAGCAUUCCGCCCAGCUGAAGGCCCAGAUACUGGAUUACGAUGCUUCUGUCAAGAGGUUAACUAUGCAGGUUACUGACUUAAAGUUGCAGCUUAAACAAACUGAGACAGCCUUGGAGAAUGAAGUGUACCGCAACCCAAAGCCAUCUCUGCUCAGUCGCUCCGUCAGCAGGUUAAUGGGCGGCAAGAUGGGGCCCCUGGAUGGUGACAUAAGCGGGGAUUUCUUGAAAAACCCUCUGAGACAGGACGAGCUGCUGGCAGGCACAGUUACACCUUGGAUCCCAAGUUACCCCAGUGCAAGCCCAGAGGGCAGUUCCCCUGAUUCUGACCUGGAAUUUGUAGCUAGCACCAAGGCUCGGGUGAGAGAGCUGGAGCAAGAGGCCGAGCGCUUGGAAAAAGCUUUCCAGAACUAUCAUCAAAGGGUCAGUCAGUGCCCCGCCAAGAGCCCACUGGAAGCCAGGAGCCCACCCCUGCUGCACCUGCUGGGGAAUCUCAAGAACAUCUUUCCAAGUGCCCCCGACAGGGGUGUUUUUCCCAAGGACCGAGCCGCCUCUCAGCAGCCUCAGAUGAGCGAGCGGCGAAAGGACAAGAGCGAGGUGUCCGAGGUGACCAGCAGCGCGGCCUGCAGGUCACGCAAGGCUGAGGCCUCCAGACGCCUCUCCUCCACUCCCGUCCCCAGAGCGAGGAGAAGCCUUGAUGGUGAGAUGUUCCUGGAAGGUUUGGGCUUGUCCCGUGCCGACAGAACGCCGCAGCCUUCACCUGCUGAGUCCUGGCACAGCCUCUCCGUGCACUCACGUUCCAGCCCAGCAGAGCUGAAGACCAGUCUUUAUCAAAGACAAAUGGAACUUGAGAAAAACCAAUUUGCAAAUUCGGACAAGCCAGCUUUUAAGGAUAAUGAGGAAUUUGAACCAUCAUUUGAAUAUGCGGGGAACACGCCCAGGCAGUUUGAGAUGGACGGCCUCCUUCCCGCUGGCGACAUGCCUCACAUGGACGGUGCCGCAGCCGCUCUGCCCACCAGGGCUGUCUCCUGUCACUACCCCCGCGUUGAUCCAAAACCACUUGGAGAACAGAAGGAUGAAGAGGAAAUAUGGGAACAACAAGCAAGAGAACUAAGGCAGAGAGGGGAGGGGAGGCAUAUCGAGCAGCAAGAAGCUUUGGAAAGGGGGCGGCGAGAACUCGAAAAGCUGGAUCAGGAAAGGAGGCUAAUUGAAGAAUCAUUGAAGAUGGAAAUGGAAAAAGAAUUCGAAAUGAGUCCUCAGGAAAUGAAAGACAAAUCUAAAUCUAUUUGUGGUGAAAAUCCUUUAGAGAAAUACAUGAAAAUCCUCCAACAGAGUAAAGACCAGGACUCAGCAGAUAAGAGUUCAAAAAAGAUGGCCAGAGAGGGCUCACAAGUGGACACAUUGCCAUCUAGUGACAAAGACGAAAGUUUCACAGGCUUUUCUCCUGAAGAACCAGAUGACUCUUGGUAACUGCUUGGUGCCCAGCUGCUUAACUAAGAUAUUGGAACGAAAGGCCUGUGAGUUCACUGUAAUGAGACAUAAUUCUCAAUAAAAAUUCACGUGCAA